GAAAAGAUAUCGCCAGGCUACAUGCUCCGACCAUGAAGUGGCGCCUCGACGGGAGCUCUCCCCGGCGGGGAGUUGGAAGCCCCGCGGGAGGAGGAGAGCAUCGACUUUCCUGAUAUCGAGGCGACGCUACCUGACCGAGACCUCCCAUCAUCGGACGUGUGGCACCUCCUCUCUCGCCCGACGACGCGUGGUGGCGGUGGCUAUCUGUUUCUUUCUUGGCGGUGGUGUCGGUCUUUUGCAGAUAAAGCGUCUUGCCUUUGGUCGAGGAAGAGAGGAUGACGGACACCACCGACGACAUUGCGGAGGAGAUCUGUUUCCAGGCCUUCGAGGACGAUUGCCGCCUCCUCGACAACCUCCUCCACGACGUCCUCCACCGGGAGGUCGGCCCCCGGUUCAUGGAGAACAUCGAGCGGAAGCGGGUCCUCGCCCAGUCUGCAGUUAAUAUGAGGUCGGCGGGGAUGGAGGGGAUGGCGGAGUUGCUCGAGAAGCAACUCGCGACCGACAUCUCGAAUAUGACCCUUGAGGAUGCGUUGUCGCUUGCCCGCGCUUUUAGCCAUUACCUCAACCUCAUGGGUAUCGCAGAAACCCAUCACAGGGUUCGCAAGGCACGCACUGUUGCACAUUUAUCAAAAUCAUGUGAUGACACAUUCACUAAGUUGAUACAGAGUGGUAUUUCCCCAGAAGAACUAUAUGACACUUUCUGCAAGCAGGAGGUUGAAAUAGUAUUGACUGCACAUCCCACCCAAAUAAACAGGCGUACUCUGCAAUACAAACAUAUCAGAAUAGCGCACCUUCUGGAGUUUAAUGACAGACCUGAUCUUAGCCUUGAAGAUAAAGAACUACUGAUAGAAGACCUGGUUCGCGAGAUCACCUCAUUAUGGCAGACAGAUGAAUUGAGGCGCCAUAAACCUACUCCAGUUGAUGAAGCUAGAGCUGGUCUUCACAUUGUUGAGCAAUCACUUUGGAAAGCCAUACCUCAUUAUUUACGUCGUGUCAGCACUGCUCUGAAAAAGCAUACUGGUAGGCCACUUCCACUAACCUGCACACCAAUAAAAUUUGGCUCUUGGAUGGGCGGUGAUCGAGAUGGAAAUCCAAAUGUUACAGCAAAAGUUACCAGAGAUGUUUCUUUGUUAUCACGGUGGAUGGCAUUUGAUCUCUACAUUCGAGAGGUUGAUAAUCUUAGAUUUGAGUUGUCUAUGAUUAGAUGCAGUGAUAAGUUGGCAAGAUUGGCACAUGAAAUCUUACUCAAAGAAUCAGAAUCUGAGAACCAACAUUCUGAAAGCUGGAAUCCAAGCCCAAACCGAAACCAUGCAAAGCAUCACAAUCCGCAUAUAUCUGCUUUGCCAGCACAACUUCCUGCUGGUGCAUAUCUUCCAGCUUGCACGGAAUGCAAUGAUGGUGGAUCUGAAUAUCCUGUAGUAGAAUUUCCUGGCAACAUAAAUCGUCAGAAUGGUAAAAGUUCUCCAGUUCGGUCAUUUCUGAGUUCAUCUCAGGAUUCCUUGACAAAAUUUGGAGAAACAAGAAUUUCUACAGAUGGUUCUUUACCUAGUCCCACUAGCCAGUCAUCUUUAGCAGGGUCAUCAAAGAUACCUAGGUCAAGCUCUAGUCAACUUCUUGCACAAAGAAAGUUAUUUGCAGAAUCUCAAAUAGGCAGGUCAAGCUUCCGGAAACUUUUAGAACCUAGCCUGCAUCAACGUCCUGGGAUCACUCCAUAUAGAGUCGUUCUUGGCAAUGUCAAAGACAAGCUAAUGAAGACUCGAAGGCGCCUGGAACUUCAACUUGAGGAUCUCCCUUGUGAACAUGAUCCUGCAGAAUACUAUGAAACUUCAGAUCAACUUCUUGAACCACUAAUUCUUUGCUAUGAAUCCUUGCAAUCAUGUGGAUCUGGCAUCCUUGCUGAUGGGCGGUUAGCAGAUCUGAUACGAAGGGUAGCCACCUUUGGUGUGGUACUAAUGAAGCUUGAUUUACGUCAGGAAUCUAACCGGCAUUCUGAAGCGUUAGAUGCUGUUACAAGAUUCUUAGACUUGGGAUUAUACAGCGAAUGGGAUGAAGAGAAAAAAUUGGAAUUCCUGACCAGAGAGCUGAAAGGAAAGCGGCCUCUAGUACCACCAACUAUAGAAGUGGCCACUGACGUAAAAGAGGUUCUUGACACUUUUCGAGUUGCUGCUGAGCUAGGAAGUGAUUCUCUUGGAGCAUAUGUGAUUUCAAUGGCUUCAAAUGCAAGUGAUGUUCUUGCUGUAGAGCUGUUGCAGAAAGAUGCAAGACUUUCUGUGAGUGGGGAACUAGGAAGACCAUGUCCGGGUGGAACGCUUAGAGUUGUUCCAUUGUUUGAAACCGUGAAUGAUCUUAGACGAGCUGGCUCUGUGAUUAGGAAGCUGUUGUCAAUUGACUGGUACAGGGAGCACAUUAUAAAGAAUCAUAAUGGGCAUCAAGAGGUCAUGGUUGGCUACUCUGAUUCCGGUAAAGAUGCUGGGCGCUUUACUGCAGCGUGGGAACUGUACAAGGCUCAAGAGGGCGUUGUUGCUGCCUGUAAUGAGUAUGGUAUCAAAGUCACACUUUUUCACGGGCGGGGUGGUAGUAUUGGUCGUGGUGGUGGGCCAACAUAUCUUGCCAUACAGUCACAACCUCCUGGUUCUGUAAUGGGAUCCCUACGAUCAACUGAACAAGGUGAAAUGGUCCAGGCCAAGUUUGGUCUUCCACAGACAGCCGUAAGGCAACUUGAGAUCUACACAACAGCUGUACUUCUUGCAACAAUGCAUCCUCCACUCCCCCCAAGAGAAGAGAAGUGGCGUCAUGUGAUGGAGGAGAUCUCCAAAACGAGCUGCAACCACUACCGCAGCACUGUGUAUGACAACCCUGAAUUCCUAGGCUACUUCCAGGAGGCCACUCCUCAGGCCGAGCUUGGCUUUCUGAACAUAGGAAGUAGGCCUACAAGGAGGAAGGCCUCCACUGGUAUUGGGCAUCUGCGAGCCAUUCCAUGGGUGUUUGCUUGGACUCAAACAAGGUUUGUGCUCCCUGCAUGGCUCGGUGUGGGCACUGGCCUCAAGAAUGCAUGCGACAAAGGCUACCAAGAUGACCUGAAGGCUAUGUACAAUGAAUGGCCUUUCUUUCAGUCCACCAUCGAUCUGAUCGAAAUGGUGAUUGCGAAGGCUGACAUUCCCAUUACCAAGCACUACGAAGAAACGCUCGUCUCUGAGAGCAGAAGGGCCCUAGGUUCUGAACUGAGGUUGGAAUUACUGACAACAGAGAAGUGUGUUCUAGUUGUCAGUGGGCACAAGAAACUGUCGUCCAACAACAGGAUAUUGAGGAGGCUGAUUGAAGGCAGGCUGCCAUAUCUCAAUCCACUUAAUCUCUUGCAGGUGGAGAUACUGCAGAGGUUAAGAUGUGAUGUUGAGAACCAUAAGCUUCGUGAUGCUCUGCUCAUCACAAUUAAUGGCAUUGCUGCAGGGAUGAGAAACACCGGUUGAUAUAUACACACACAUUUAGCUUCUACAUGCUUGGUAUUAUUAUCUUUCAGAGACUUACUGAAAAUAAAGUUCCCGGAGGUUCAAUUUUGAAUGUUUUGUGAGUUUUUUUUUUUUUAAUGCAGUAAAUCCAUGUUCGGAUAUUCCAGAAGGACUUGUUCUUGAUAUAUUUAUGUUUCAUCACCAGACUCCGGCAGUGUCA